GUCCACUACAGAUCUGUAGAGAGUAGAGAGAGAGAGAGUGAGAGUGAGAGUGAGAAUGGCGAAAUCUGCUGAAGAUAUUCAUCCGCGCAAGGCAUUCGGCUGGGCUGCUCGAGACGCCUCCGGCAUCCUUUCUCCAUUCAAAUUUUCUCGCAGAGAAAAUGAGGACGAUGAUGUAACAGUUAAGGUCCUCUAUUGUGGAGUUUGCCACUCUGAUUUGCACACUAUAAGAAACGAUUGGGGUUUCUCUACUUAUCCUGUUGUUCCAGGGCAUGAAGUUGUCGGCAUAGUGACAGGAAUUGGAAAAAACGUGGAGAAAUUCACGGUUGGUCAAAGAGUAGGAGUUGGCGUCAUUGUCAACUCGUGCAGAGCUUGUGAACCCUGUGAGCAAAACCUAGAGAAUUACUGUUCAAAAUUGGUUUUCACAUAUAACUCAACUGAUCACGACGGGACAAAGACUCAGGGAGGUUAUUCCGACACAAUGGUUGUUCAUCAGCGUUAUGUGAUUCGCUUUCCCGACAGUCUACCCGGUGACGCAGGUGCUCCUCUUCUAUGCGCAGGAAUAACUGUUUACAGCCCAAUGAAAUACUAUGGAAUGACUGAACCUGGGAAGCAUUUGGGCGUGGUGGGUCUUGGUGGUCUUGGCCAUAUGGCUGUCAAGUUUGGUAAAGCAUUCGGUUUGAAAGUUACAGUUAUCAGCACCUCGCAGAAGAAGGAAGCUGAAGCCAUUAAUAAAUUAGGUGCUGAUGCCUUCCUUCUUAGCACUGACCCAACAAAAGUGCAGGGUUGUCUGGGAACGAUGGACUAUAUCAUUGAUACAGUUUCUGCAGUACAUGCUUUAGCCCCUCUGAUUGGAUUGUUGAAGCUGAAUGGGAAACUGAUUACUUUGGGGCUACCAGAGAAGCCAUUGGAGGUUCCCAUUAAUAAAUUAUGCUUAGGGCGUAAGCUUGUUGGUGGGAGUGAUUUUGGAGGAAUGAAAGAGACGGAAGAGAUGCUUGAGUUUUGUGCAGAGCACAACCUAACAUCUGAGAUUGAGCUGAUACGAAUGGAGGACGUUAAUACUGCAAUGGAACGACUUGUCAAGUCUGAUGUUAAGUAUCGGUUUGUGAUUGAUGUGGCGAAUUCAUUAUCGCCACAGUUGGUGAAGCUUUGAAGGGUUUAUUAUUGGUAUGGCUUAAACUCUCUACUCUAUAGACAUAUGAAUAGUUGUUGAUUAUGAACUUCUUAUGGUUUAGUCUUUUGGGGAGACAUGAUUGUUGUUGAUUUUGUAAUGUUUCUUCAUUGUUUUGGGUU